AUGCAGCCAUUUGGAAUCUGGAAGUUUAAAUGGGCCAAUUGGCACAUGACAAAGCCGAGCGACCCACUAGAACUUUCGAGGCUAAUACAGAGAAAAACCCGAAGAAAGAACGCUCAAGAAGCAAGAACGAUGACAGAAGACGAGGGAACUACGGAUAAGAAAGAGGAAGAAACAAAAGAGGAAGAGAAGCUAGAGGAAGAAGAGAAGGUAGUCUCACCACAUAAAACCAAGAGUCAAAAGGCGAGGGAAGCUAAGAAGGAAGAAUUGCCAGUCUUGCCGCAGGAUCUUCCGUAUCCUAAGGUGCCAACCAAGAAGAAUAAAGAGCACUACUUCAAGCGUUUCUUAGAAAUAUUUAAAAGACUAGAGAUCACCAUGCCAUUCGGGGAAGCCUUGCAACAGAUGCCCCUCUACUCUAAGUUCAUGAAAGACAUCAUCACUAAGAAGGGGAAAUAUAUAGAUAGCGAGAACAUUGUAGUAGGAGGCAACUGUAGCGCGAUCAUUCAAAGGAAGCUACCUAAAAAGUUCAAGGACCCCGGAAGCGUUACCAUCCCAUGCACUAUAGGAAAAGAAGCAGUAGAUAAAGCCCAAAUUGAUCUAGGGGCAAACAUCAACUUGAUGCCCCUAUCAAUGUGUCGACGAAUUGGGAAUCUAAAAAUUGAUCCCACUAAGAUGACACUUCAAUUGGCAGACCGCUCAAUUACGAGACCAUACGGGGUGGUAGAAGAUGUCUUGGUCAAGGUUCGCCACUUCACUUUUCCGGUGGACUUUGUUAUCAUGGACAUCGAUGAGGACACAUAA